AUGGCAUUUCGUGCAGUGAUAACCGACCUUGACGGAACACUUUUCAACGAGUUCCACGAAGUGUCCGAGUACACUGCUGAGACGCUGCGGCUACUGCGGAAGAAAGGCAUCCCCAUCGUCUUUGCCACCGGCCGGCCGCAUCCAGAUGUGUUCCACACCGUUGACAACUGCGGCUUGGAGGGCGGCUACCUGAUCACCAGCAACGGGGCGAGGGUGUUCGACCCGCAGCGACGCGUCAUUGCCUCGCACGAUUUGGAGCCUGACGUCGUUGCAGAGCUUCUUGCCAUUAAACUCGACGAUGAAGAUGCGGCAGCAUUCGCAGGCGAAAAACAGCCGUUGUUUACGGCCAACAUGUAUCAGCAUGAAGCGUGGGUGACAAAUCAUGGAUUGGAGCGAAUGCUCACGGCAUACCCGCGGUCCGGGUUCCGGUACGAGGAAGUCGAUCUAACAACGCAUCCACGUGAUGGUGUGCAUGCUGUGUUUUACGUGGGGAAGGAAGAAGUGUUGGUGCGUCUGGAGAAGGUGCUGAAAAGGGAAUUCGAGGGACGAGUGGAACACAACCUGUCAGUACGCACUGUGCUUGAUGCUGUGCGACCUGGAGUCAACAAGGGAAAGGCGCUGUGUGAAGUGGCCCAGCUGCUGGGGCUCAGCGAAAAGGAUUUCAUUGCCUUUGGCGAUGGAAUGAACGACCGCAAGAUGCUGCAACUGGCCGGGAAAGGUUGCAUCAUGGAUAACGCGCAGGCACGGCUGAAGGAAGCGUUGCCGCAGCUGGAAGUGAUUGGCCGCAACACGGAAGACGCUGUCGCAAAAAAGCUUCGCGAAGUUUUUGACCUGUGA